AUGUGUUCUGUAAAAAGUCUGUCUCAGAGGAAGAUUAUGCAUUUCUUCCGAAUUGAGAAGCAUAUCUAUGUAACGGAACAGCCAGAAGAGUUGAUUCAAGAAGAGCCAAUAAAGCCCAAGAAACGAUCUCGCCCUUUGACUAUGAAGAAGAGAAGGAGAAGACUGUUACCUUUUGUUCCAUCAAAAGAUUCUCGUCAGAGAUCUGCACAACUGAGAUCACUUGCAUCUGCUUUAACAAACUUGAAUAUAAAGUACACCAACGACUUGACUUAUGUUCCAGGGAUGGCUCCUCGGUCUGCUAAUCAGGCCAUGUUCGAGAUUGGUGGGGUGCAGGUGCUUCCGAAAGAAGAUUUCGAGACAUUGGAACAGUGUCGAGCUAUGCAUAAACUAGGAGAAUACCCUCCUCUUGUUGUCGUAGAAGAUCAGUUUGAAGGUUACACAGUUGAAGCAGAUGGUCCAAUUAAGGACUUCACACUCAUAGCUGAGUAUACAGGAGAUGUUGAUUACUUGAAGAACCGUGAAAAUGACGAUUGUGACAGCAUCAUGACUCUCCUUCUAUGUGAAGAUUCAUCGAAAUCUCUUGUCAUCUGCCCUGACAAGUAUGGAAACAUAUCUCGCUUCAUCAGUGGCAUCAACAAUCACAAUAGGUUUAGCAAGAAGAAGCUUAACUGUAAAUGCGUGAGGUAUAGCAUAAAUGGAGAAGUUCGAGUUCUUAUAGUGGCUACUCGCGAUAUCGCGAAAGGGGAAAGGCUCUACUAUGACUACAAUGGUUAUGAAUAUCAGUAUCCUACUCAUCACUUCCUAUGA